UCUAUAUGGAUAGUUCGUCAGUAGGUCACGUGCUUCUCCAGAAGACUGAUUUAGACUCAGAAGGGAUCUAUCGAUGUGAAGUAUCUGCAGAAGCUCCUUCUUUUCAGACCGAGAGAGCGGAAAAAGAACUCCAUAUUUACAGGUUACCAAAGGAAACGCCUACCAUGUCGGGCACGCAUGGCCAUUAUAAUGUUGGUGACUUUGUUAAUGUUACCUGUACUGCAAAACCAUCCAAGCCUGCUGCUCAAUUAAAAUGGUACAUCAAUGACAAAAAGGCUCCUGUGCAUUUCGAAUGGCCAUUGACUCCACUGCAAGAAGACCGACUGUUGGGUUCCCGACUUGGAUUGAGAUUUGUUGUCGAACACUCCCACCUCUGGCACGGGACAUUGAAUCUACGCUGCACUUCAGUCAUUGCCCAGAAAUACUCCAGAAGCGUCGAAGAGCUUUACAUCAAAGACAUGCCAAAAUCAUCUGAGCUACGUGCAGCUAAAGACGGGCCUCAGAUUAGUGGACAGAAAUCAACUUAUCAUUUGGGGGAAUCCGUUGUUGCAAAUUGCACAUCUCCGAAGACGAAAGAAGCGCCGAAACUUCGUUGGUUCCUUAACGAAAACCAAGUGUCACCAGAAUACGUAACUCGGUACCCGCUUGUUAAGUAUCCAGAUGGUCUAGAAUCUGCGUUACUUGGUGUUCAUUUCAUCGUUCGAGAACACCACUUCCGAAAUGGCGAAAUGCGACUGAACUGUACUGCUAUUUUUUCUAAGACGGUCGACACAAGCCGUGUGGAAACUGUAAUAGGUGCUAGCCAACAGAGUUCUGGAUUACAAGUUUCGGCAAAAGGUGGAGGAGGAUCUGGAGGUAGGAGAUCUUAUGGGAACUCCAUGUGGAACCUACUGUUUACCAUCCUCUUGAGUGUGUGGUUUAUCUACUGUUAGCCAGGAACCUGAAACAAAAACGCGUCUUCUUGUAUUAUAAAAGAACAUUGCUCUGGGUUAGUUUUGACAUCAGGUCCUUGUGGUCAGAAAAUAUCUCGGGAGAUUGAAAAUAAAUCUUAUGAGAAUUGUAUUAUCUAAAUGGAAUCCUUUGUCUUGUGUACGUAAAACUAAACUACGCUGGUUACAGCGUUAUAUUUUGUUUUCACUUGCAACUGCUCUAAACAAAGAAGCCAAGCGAAGAGCAUGAUUUAAAGGAUCUUGAGUAGUUUCAAGGAAAUCAAACAAAAUCUACUCAAAUAUUGAGUUCUUACCAAGAUGAUUGCUUUAGGUAGUGAUUUCUUUCCAGUUUACAUAUAGUGUUUGUCACAGGACUUAAUGCUGUUCAGAGGCUUGAAACAAAAAUAUCAUCAUGCUGAAAAUCGAAAUUCCAAUUGCAUCAAAAUUCUGAGUUUAUAAUUUGAAGAUGAGGAGGACAAUAUUUAUUAAUUAGUUAAACUAUGGUUUUAUAUUAAUUGUUGGGUUAAGAUGCCUCUGCAGCAAAGAUAAGAAGACUAACCUGUGAUACGUACGUGUAGUUUCGUCCUGUAAAAGUAAAAUGCAGUAAUAUUAAUGAACAUGCUUUGUUGAAAGAACUAAUGAAACAUGUGGGCUUUAUGGCUGUGAUAUUUGUGCUUUUCUUAUGCUACAUGCGUCAAUAUGGGUAGGAAAAAAUUGAAAGAGAACAUCAAAUAAACUAAGCACAUAGAGAAUACGGCCAAAUAAAAUAUAUUCAGAUGCUUGAUUAUCUCGUUCAACGUAAUAAUUGUAUCAGUUCUUUAGAAUCUGUCAAUAUUUAUGAUAUGUUAGCAGUCUUCAGGUCACCAUAAAGAAACCCUCCAGAGAAAUAUGCUUAAUGAUACUGGAAAAAAAACAACAACAUUAAUUAUUAGUUUUUUAAUAAAGUUUUUUUUUCUUUAAAGAUAUGUUUAUCAAUCUUUUUAGAUCAGGACCUAAGGUUUUAUAUUCGCUUUAUAUAUGACCAAUUGUUUUAAACGAGUUGUUUUAUAUGACAUUCAAAAUAUGAGAGAAAAAUCUAAUAUAUAAAAUAUUAUAGUACAAUUGGUAGGAAUUAUUUGUAGAAAACACUUUAAUAGGAAGUUCAAAUUAUAACUACGUUUAUUAAUAGCAAGUUAAAAUUACAGCUACGUUUAUUAACAGCAAGUUUAAAUUACAACUACGUUUAUUACCAGCAAGUUCAAAUUACAACUACGUUUAUUAAUAGCAAGUUCAAAUUACAGCUACGUUUAUUAAUAGCAAGUUUAAAUUACAGCCACGUUUAUUAAUAGCAAGUUCAAAUUACAACUACGUUUAUUAAUAGCAAGUUAAAAUUACAACUACGUUUAUUAAUAGCAAGUUCAAAUUACAACUACGUUUAUUAAUAGCAAGUUCAAAUUACAGCUACGUUUAUUAAUAGCAAGUUCAAAUUACAACUACGUUUAUUAAUAGCAAGUUUAAAUUACAACUACGUUUAUUAAUAGCAAGUUUAAAUUACAACUACGUUUAUUAACAGCAAGUUUAAAUUACAACUACGUUUAUUAACAGCAAGUUUAAUUUACAACUACGUUUAUUAAUAGCAAGUUCAAAUUACAACUACGUUUAUUAAUAGCAAGUUUAAAUUACAACUACGUUUAUUAACAGCAAGUUUAAAUUACAACUACGUUUAUUAACAGCAAGUUUAAUUUACAACUACGUUUAUUAAUAGCAAGUUCAAAUUACAACUACGUUUAUUAAUAGCAAGUUCAAAUUACAACUACGUUUAUUAACAGCAAGUUUAAAUUACAACUACGUUUAUUAAUAGCAAGUUCAAAUUAAAACUACGUUUAUUAAUAGCA